GCACCGUGAAUGGGAGGGACUAGCCCGAACAACCUCAUAGACACGUAGCCACGUUAGCUGUGUUGCUAACGUCAACGACGGAUAACGUUACGAUGGAUUUGCCUCAUCAUGGUUACCGAGCAACAAAGCCACGAGCUCGUGCAGCUCCCCCAGGAGCAGAGUCUGUCCUGUUUGAUGAUACCAGCUCAGCACCACCAGCGAUGAAUAGUCAGGGAUACUACACUCCUGGGUACAAUAUGGGAGCACAAUCAAAUGACAUGCAAGGAGGUAUUGGGGUGAACAACCUCUUUACUGACCCAAUGGCCAAUGCAGCAAUGAUGUAUGGGUCAUCCAUAGCCAACCAAGGAAAGGAUAUGGUAAACAAAGAGAUCGGCAGAUUUAUGUCUGUGAACAAGCUGAAAUACUUCUUUGCCGUCGAUAGCAAAUAUGUGCUGAAGAAACUUAUGAUCCUCAUGUUCCCUUACACACAUCAGGACUGGGAAGUUCGUUACCAUCGGGACACUCCACUGACUCCAAGACAGGAUGUGAAUGCACCUGAUCUUUACAUACCAACGAUGGCUUUCAUUACCUACAUUUUACUUGCUGGAAUGGCUCUCGGUAUUCAAAAAAGGUUCAGUCCAGAGGUGCUGGGACUGUGUGCCAGUACUGCCCUCGUGUGGAUCAUCGUCGAGGUUUUGGUGAUGUUGUUGAGUUUGUACCUGCUGACGGUACACAGUGACCUCUCAACCUUCGAUCUCAUUGCCUAUAGUGGAUACAAAUAUGUUGGGAUGAUCUUCACAGUGCUGUGCGGGUUACUGUUUGGCAGUGAUGGUUAUUUUGUGGCACUUGCUUGGUCCUCGUGUGCCCUAAUGUUCUUCAUUGUUCGUUCUCUGAAGAUGAAGAUCAUCCCUUCACUCUCAUCAGACUCCAUGACAACUGGAUCAAGUGCCAAACCCCAGUUCCGCCUUUAUAUCACAGUGGUCACAGCCGUCUUUCAGCCAAUCAUUAUAUACUGGUUAACCUCUCACUUGGUCAGGUGACUGUGAGGUAUUCAACAAGAUAAAGUCCAUGUGUGUUGAACCCAAAAAAUGUGGUUGUUGAGGUUCAAUGUUUGUACACCUGCCUUUACAUGCUCUUUUGUCAGUUAAUUCAAAACAUAAGUAGACAGUGUUGGGCUGCUGUGUCUGUUAGACAGACAUGUUCAUAAUGAAAUGGUGUCGUUGAUUUAACCAGAAAGUAUGAGACACAAGAUGUCCCAUCAGAAGAGUUUUGUUCUCCACCGUGAUUGUACAGUGAUACUGACAAAUGCUUAUUUUUGGCCACCUAACUUUGAAGACAAGGGCUUUUACUGUAAGAUUUGUUUAAUCAUAAUUCAGAUUCAAUUCAAGUUUCCUUUUUAUAUAAUGUCCCUGGACAUACUUAAUAGUAUUUACACACAAACCCAAUACACACACAGAAGCACACAUUUCACACAUGAUCCAAAUACCGUUUUUCUGGUAUGUUAAUGUUGCUGCAUUCUCCCCCUUUUUGUGUGUGAAUUGUUGAUAUUAUUUAUCUAAAUUUCACAAAGCAUGACAAUGUUUGGAACUUUUGUAGAAAAAAAAUAAAUAUAUGUAGCUUUGUGUAUUCAA